AUGGUCGGUAUCGGUGGCGGAGUACCAAAGUCUGUCAGGUUAGGUGAUGUGGUAGUCAGCACCCCCACCGACGAGUUUGGCGGAGUAGUGCAGUGGGAUUUCGGGAAAGUUCAACAAGAGAGCACUUUCAAACGCACAGGAGCAUUGAACCGUCCUCCUACGGAGCUACUCUCUGCGCUGACGAAAAUUGAGAAGGAGCAUACAAUGAAAGGUUCUAAGAUACCGCAGUAUCUUAAGGAUCUGGAGACCAAUUGGCCCAGACUCGCGCCGAAAUACACCAGAUCUAAGUCGUUAAAAGAUGUGCUCUUUAAAGCAGAUUGCAAACAUAUUGAGAACACCAAGGAGAGCCAAGAGAAAUAUGACAAUGAAGAAGAAGAUGAAGAAGAUGAAGAGGAGAAAGAGGCGAAUUAUUGCAUUCACUGUGACCAGACCAAAAUUGUCCGCAGAAAACCGCGGGACAUGCGCGUGCAUUAUGGCCUUAUUGCAUCUGGCAACCUGGUGGUCAAAGAUGCGCCGUUUCGGGAUGAGAUCAACAAGACACUUGGCGGCAAAGUUCUCUGCUUUGAGAUGGAGGCAGCAGGUCUGAUGAAUGACUUCCCAUGCCUUGUUAUCCGAGGUAUUUGUGAUUAUGCAGACGCGCAUAAGAACAAGAACUGGCAGGAACACGCAGCGGCUGUUGCAGCAGCAUUUGCCAAGGAGCUUCUCUUGCUGGUACCAGCGCAGGAGGUGGAGCAAAUGCCUACAAUCAAACAGUUAGAAAAUCAGCUUGAAGGAGUGUCCAAUGCCAUCAAUGAAAUUCGCUCCCAUCAACGAGACUACCAACGGGACCAAAAAUCUCAAGCCAUUAUUGAUUGGCUUACGCCAAUGAAUUAUGCCGCUCAGCAAAAUGAUUUCAUUGCCCAACGACAAGAAGGCACUGGCGAGUGGGUGUUAGAAUCAAGUGAAUUUCAGCUCUGGCUCAAGCAGACCAAUCAGACUCUUUUCUGUCCCGGUAUGCCAGGAGCGGGUAAAACCAUCAUCACAUCUAUUGUUGUCAACCAUCUCCAUGAUAAAUUUCGAAAUGAGCCUUCUAUUGGUAUUGCAUAUCUAUAUUGCACCUUCCAGCAGCAGCAGGAACAGAGGCCAGUUGAUCUUCUUACAAACCUCUUAAAGCAAUUAAUCAUGGGACAGCCUACUAUACCUAACGCUGUGAAGGACCUUUAUGACCGACAUAAACCUAAGCAAACUUGUCCUUCGCUCAGUGAAAUCAGAAAUACACUUCACCAAGUUGCAGCUUUCUAUUCAAGGACUUUUAUUGUCAUUGAUGCACUGGAUGAAUGCCGAGCCACUCAUGAUGGCCGUGAUAUGUUCAUGCAAGAGAUCUUCAACUUCCAAGCAGAUAUUAAGGCAAACCUUUUUGCAACAUCACGAUUUAUUCAAGAAAUUGAAGCAAAAUUUCAGAAAGUCAUCAGACUUGAGAUUCGCGCUGAUGAUACAGAUGUGCAGAGGUAUCUACAUGCCAAACUACAGAAUUGUCCUUCUUUGAUUUCACAGAAUGAUUCUCUCCAGGAACAGAUUAAAAACAAGAUUGCCAAGGCAGUUGACGGAAUGUUUCUGCUCGCGCGGCUCUAUGUUGAUUCCUUAGCCUGUCAGACCACAACUAAGAAGGUAAAGCGGGCGCUCCAAGAGUUGGAGACCACGGUUGAGGAAAAAAAUGACGAUAAAAGGUCCAAAGCAUUAGAUGAUGCUUAUGAGAAAGCUAUGCAGCGAAUCCAAGGUCAGAUACAACAACAUGAAGAGCUUGCUAAGCAGGUUUUAUCAUGGAUCUCCUGUGCUAAGAGACGUCUGACAUCUGCUGAGCUUCAACAUGCUAUUGGUGUUGAGGAGAAUACAUCUGAGUUUGAUAGUGAUAAUAUUGUGGAUGUCGGACUCAUGGUCUCUGUAUGCGCUGGCCUGGUGAUUGUUGAUAAGGAAAGUGACAUUAUCCGUUUGGUCCACUACACCACACAAGAAUACUUCGAGCGGACUUGGGAAUGUUGGUUUCCCAACGCCCACAUUGACAUGACAAAGGCAUGCAUCACCUACUUGUCAUUUGAAGUUUUCAAGGCAGGAUACUGCCCAACAGAGGAUGCUUUGAGAGAAAGAUUACAGUUACAUGUUCUUUAUGAUUAUGCAUCACAAAAUUGGGGACACCACGCGGGCAAAUCUCCCAUUCAAGGAGAAAAGUUGAUGUUGGACCUUCUCGAGGACACUGCCAAAGUAUUUGCCUGUAGCCAGGCUAUGUUAUCCCAAAUAUUCUUUGUAACUGAAACUAAGAUGACAGGUCUGCACCUUGCAGCAUAUUUCGGACUUUGGAAACCCGCGUCAAUUCUGCUUGGCAAGAAUCAUGAUAUUGAAUCCGAGGAUAAAUACGGCCGGACUCCGCUCUCACUUGCAACUCGAAAUGGGCAUGAGGCAGUGGUGAAGCUCCUGCUUGAGAAGAAUGCCAAUGUCGAAUCUAAGAAUGAAGAUGGCCGGACUCCGCUCAUAAUUGCAAUUCGAAAUGGGCAUGAGGCAGUGGUGAAGCUACUGCUUGAGAAGAAUGCCAACGUCGAAUCCAAGGACAAAUACGGUUGGAAUCCGCUCAUAAUUGCAGCUGAGUAUGGGCAUGAGGCAGUGAUGAAGCUGCUACUUGAGAAGAACACCAGUACUGAAUCUAAGAAUGAAUAUUGCAACACCCUGGUCUUACAGUCGGUGGGGAACCGGGAUUCAACAGACCAAAUGUUCUGA